AUGACACAGCAAUGGUCUCACUUUUCGGUUCCGGCUAGCGCAUCUUACAGCCAAUUCAAGAGGAAGGGCAAGCGCGUGCGAUGGCGGCGGUCAUGUUGGACUUUCCAGAAACCUUUGGGCAAACCGUAUGCCACGUGUCGCCUCGUGUCCAUCAAUCCUUCAAAAGCUGCGUGUUACAUUGAGGAAGGCUUUAGUCAGUGCGAACGGAUCACCGUCGCUAUGAAGUGUUUUCUAAUUUUGUGCCUGGUGGCGUUGGCAUCCGCCACCUCCUAUUAUCCUCCUCCGCCGCCCAAAUCAUCGCAGCAAAUUCCCUGCAAUCAGAGGCAGGACGUGAAUUGGGUCCGCCAGAAUGCCGAGAACUUGCUCUACUUGGAAUACAUGCGGAAGCAGGCCUCCAGUAAUGAUGAUUGGCAGUCCCAAUUGGAAUCCGACGACUAUCAGUCACGUCUGAAUGAAUUACGUUCCAUGAACGAAGGCUGUGAAAUGCCUCAGAUCGAAAUGCCUAGUUGUGGAGAAUCCAUUUCCUGCGGAACUACAAGUUGUAACACGAAUUGCGAAUUCUACGGGCAGAAGAUUGCUGUUUUGCAGGCCGAACUUAAACGCCAAAGACUUAUGAUCCAGCGUCUUUAUUCUCAAGUUCUCGUCCUGUCGCAAUCCGGCAGUUCAUGUGACCGUUCAUACGAAACCUGCAGUCCUCCUUCGUGCCAGACACCUUGCAACCCCCCUCCCUCUUGCCAGACACCUUGCAACAUUCCUGGCCCAAGUUGUAAUACUUGCACUUCACCAGUUUACGGCCCACCAGGACCUCCUGGUCCUCCGGGACCUCCAGCGUGUGAAACACCAGGAGGAGCUGGGCCCAUGGGCCCCCCUGGUCCGCCCGGAAGGGACGGAAAUCCCGGCAUGCCUGGUAAUGAUGGCGACCCUGGUAGUUGCUCUUGUAGUGAUGGCGAACCAGGAACUCCGGGCAGACCAGGCAAACCAGGCAAUGACGGCCCACGUGGACCUAGAGGCGAACCAGGCACCCCAGGUGUUCCUGGUGUCCCAGGUACUCCUGCAAGCCCUUGCGAAACCCCAACUCCAACAUCUCCUCCAUGUAGGCCACCGCCAUCGCCACCACAAAUUCCGCCACCACAGAUUCCAGUUAGCUGCUGCGGUGGAACGCCAACUUGCAACCAACCGUGCCCAUACCCAUGCCAAUCGCCUCCGUGCUUUUAUCCACCAACUCAAACUCCACCUUUGUGUUGUGGUGGACCGGUCGGCUCUUCGUGCGGUUCCGUUUGCCCACCUCAAGUCGGAUGCCAGCAAAAGAACGGGCCGUGCUAUUACGGAACUCCUCUUACGUCAUUCACGGGACCUUCCCCGUGCAAUGCUCCUACCGGUUGUAACACGGGUUAUCCCAUCAAGUCACAGUACAUGUACGGUUAAAACCGAAUACCUGACGGUAGGUAGUAUCGUUAAUGAUGCUAGUGGGAAGAUUUUUAUGUUGAUGGGCUUUACUGUGUUCGUCCUUUCUUAUUACUAGACUUAAAACAACAACAAAAUAAUAAUAAUCCAACUUUCAGCAUACUUUAAUUCCACUUUCUUCGAUUAUGGUUAACCAUCGAACUUGCAACAUCGCUCACAAUUAGUAGACUACUGAUUUCGUUGCUCAUUUCCUCAUUUUUCCUUAAAUAGUAACACGACAAUCACUCCUUGGGGUUACUUCCUCGAUACAAAUACAAAUAAAGAAAAGUUUAACGUU